GUGCAAGCAUCAUUUACAAUACCAAAGACAAUAGCCCGCCAGCCGAGACACGCGCACACCCUCCUUCACCAUCGAUCGACAUUCACUUGACGGACUUCCCACACAAACACACAUUCCACCGCAUCCAUCUUUGCGACCCAAGACAACCGCAACACAACAGCGCGCACAUCACCAACUCGAGCCCCCGCGGACAGCAGAUAGUCACUACUCACAACCGCGCUACACUCACCACCGCCGUCGCCACGAUGGUGCGUCCAGACACCAGAGCGCGCGCCGGCCGGAGCUCUGGUGCUGGUGCCCUGCGACGACGUGCGGACCGCGACGGCGAUGCCAGAAUGUCCGACAUCACAGUCAAAGGUGCCUCCGCUAGCAAAAUCGGCAAGAAGCCACCCACAGGACCGGCUGCAGAAAAGCGCGCCGCCAGAAACCCAGCAGGCACGCGCAAGGACCUGACCUCCGCGACGGCUCGGAGAGACCUCAUCCGUAAAGCAGCAGCCCAGGGAGAUGUGUCGAUGCGAGAGACGAAGCGCCCCGACUUGGUUGAGCUCACUGUCGAGGGAUGGAAGGCAAGCAGAGCGGCGAGCAGCUCGGACGGCGGAUACAAGUCGCUUAUUCAGUGGCUGGAGAAGAAAGCAGGUAUGCGGCUGGGAAGAAAGGAUACCAGAAUACGAAGGAACAGGAUGGAGGCCGAUGCGGUGGUCAUCAGCGUGCCAUCGGCGGACGCGAAGGCUUACGAACGAAUGAACGGCUACGACUGGGCAGGUGCGAAGCUCAGCAUCAAGCGCGUGGGCGGCGCAGGUCAGGAUAGCAGCCAGCCAUCGUCUGGCGCGGAAGAAACGAAGGCCAUGCUCAGAGGUGUGCUUGAGCGCCGCUGGAAUCCCGAGAUGAAAAUGCUGGAUCUCUCGGCGCUCGGUGCAGACGCCGAAUUGCAGGCUACGGGCAUUUUUGGCUCAAGCUCGACAACCGCCAAAUUCUUUCCCGCAUUGAUGAAAGUGCUCGACCUUUCUUUCACCACCACGAAAGAGCGCGACGAAGCGAUCGAGGCCGUCUCGCUGGCAAAUAACGAACUUGAAGAUCUGAAGAUAGUGUCUACGCUAUCCCAGUCACUGCCCAAUCUGGUCAGCCUGGAUCUGUCCGGUAACAACUUUGCAACUCUAGCGUCAUUAGAAGCCUGGCGACACCGAUUCAAGAAGCUCCAGCAUCUCAUCCUCACUGGAAAUCCCCUUGACCAGAACGAGCCCAAUGCUGGACCGGAAAUCAUGAAAUGGUUCAAGAAUCUGCGCACCCUCAACAACAUUCAAGUGCGAAGCGACGAGGACAUCAAGAACCAGAACAAUGUCCAGAACAUUCCGUUUCCAAUCCGCACACCUCAUUUCCAAGACGAAAAUGGCAUUGUGGAAGGUUUCAUACGCAACUGGUUCGCCGGCUUCGACACUGAUCGGCCUGCGCUUGCUCGGAUGUACUACGACGAGCACUCCGAAUUCUCCUAUGCCCUGAACACGCAAGCGCCACGAGAUCCUCUGGACACUGAAAAGACGCAGAGCCAAGAAUGGGCAUCUUACAUACAGAGUAGUCGCAAUCUCAAGCGUCUCACACAACUGCCAGCGCGACAAAAGCGUUUGGCACGAGGCACGCAGGCCACCAUCGAUACGUUCGCCGCGAUGCCAAAAUCGCAACAUCCGGAUCUUGCCACCGAGCCGCAGAAGUGGAUGAUUGAAUCCCAUCUGCAGCCGGGCAUUCCAGAUCCCAUCAACAAUACUCCGGGCGGCGUAGAUGGAUUCUUCAUGUCGAUACACGGAGAGUUCGCCGAGCCGGAGACGGGCAAGAAGCGCAGCUGCGACCAUGCCAUCUACAUUGGUCCAGGUGGUUCGACUGGCGUGCGUGUCGUCAGCCACACAAUCACCAUUCGUGCAUACGGUGGCGCCCAAGCUUUCCAAGCCACUGCUGGAGUUUCGACGCCGCCAAUGCUAGCUGCUGAUGCUGCGGGCAAUGAUGGUCUUCCACAACUCCCAGAAGGUGUCACCAUCGAGCUCGCCGAGCAGAUGUGCACUGAAUUGACCAAGCAGACCGGCAUGACGUUGAUGUUCUCGUCUGAUUGCCUUCGCGAAGCUGGCUUCAAUUUCGACGCGGCAUUGGCCAUGUUCCAAAAUGUCAAAGCAACUCUACCGGCUGCGGCCUACAUCAAUGGAGCACCAAUUGCAUAAAGAGAUCUUUUGGAGGAAAGAACAGUGGGGUAUGCAAGACCUGAGGAGGAGAACGUAGAAGUGGCGGCAACAGGAGGGCAACUCGACACACGACACUUUGACAUAUUAGCGAGGCGAAAACGGGUUUAGAGGAUCGGGCAGGGCACAUCGUCUGCAUUUGACAGGAGGCGAAAAGAACAAAUUGAGGUUUACAGCGAGGCGUACUGCUUUUGGGUUUUGCAUGAAGAAUGGUUGAGGAUGAUGAUACCAGACUGUGAUAUGAGAGAAGGGGAACUGCUUUCUACGCACACGGCGGGAACUGAAUGAGAAAGAAGCAUGGCGGGAAAAAUAGAUUGAUUCGAGUUGCGCAUGCAUGUACGAUAUUGGAGACACGGGUAGACUGUGCGAGAUCAUCGAAGUAAGACUUUUUGUCACGAGCUCUGCCCUCGAGGGCGUGAGCGAGGAAAGACCCGAAUUGUGCCCUUCAUUCCCUUUUCAUCGUAUCAUGUUCACGAAUUGAGAAUAAUUGACUGUCUCAAGACACUAUCAAACACCACCAUCGUUCCCCAAACCCUCCAAAUUCCGAACCCUUAUCAAUCGCCUUGUAAAUUGGCAAGCCAAGAACAACAAUCCCGGUCCCAUAAUCUACUGCUUACAAUUUCUGAUAUCUUCAAACCACCCCAGUCCCUGUACAC